AUGCCUCCAGAUGGCACGUCAUUCACGGCCCUCAACCUUCCACCAUCAUUCACCCUACCCCAAUGCAUGGAAUACUUCACACUGACAGCCGGCCCAAACACCGAUCUAUGGCGCAAGCCACCAAACGGCGAAACAUCAACCGCCCCAAUAGUCUUCACAUCACUACGCCACCCAUUCGUCGUAGCCGAAGUCACCGUGACCGCAGACUGGGAAAUGGAAUGGGACCAAGGCGGCCUAGUCAUCUUCGCCGGUUCCGCUCCACAGUCAUUCUCCUCAGAUACAGCGGCCUUAGCCAGCACCACCACCCGCCGCGCCAUCGCCCCUCAAAUCCAACCACCCUGUAAAUGGGUCAAGGCCGGUAUGGAGUUCUCAUCCGGGACGGUCAAUGCGUCUUCUGUAAGCGCGACGGCCGACGGGGCGGAUUGGUGCGUUUCACCACUACUUCAUUCGGCGGGUCCUGCGCCUAGUUCGUUGCGUAUCAAGAUGGAGCGUGUUGGGCAUGCACUGUGGAUCUGGUAUCAGGUGCCGUCCCUUUCACCGUAUGCUUUGUCGCCUGGUGCGGUGGGGAGUACGUGGAAGAAAUUGAGGGAGGUAACGUGGUUUUUCUAUGGGGUUGAGGAUAAGUUCGUUCAUGUGGGGGUUUAUGCGAGUCGGCCGAUGAGUAUUGGGAGGGGGGAGACUAUGUGGGAUGCUAUGCGAAUGCCUGUUAGUUCGUCUGGGACGCCGGAUGGGUUAUUUGUGGAGUUUGAAGAUCUGGAAAUCUUCUAG